GAAAGCGUCGGUAGCAGCAGUGGCGGCUGAAAUGUACGAAGUUCCGGUUCUCUCCCAUCUGCCAGGGCCGCUCCUUAGCCUGGGGCUUGGUCACCCCUUCUUUGCUCUCAGCUGCUCCCAUGCUUCCGCGUAGAUCCAGGGCGGCGGGUCCGGAGGCUCCCAGGUGGUGAGAAGGCGGUCCGGGGACGAUGAAGGCCCCGCACUGCAGCUGCUGCUUCAGCCGCCUCCUCGCCUCCGCCUUCCUGCUGCUGGCAGUGCUGCCAGGAUCCCCAGGGCCCUGGCUGCGGCUGCUGCUGGCGGCGGAGGCCACGCCGGACUCCGGGCCCCCCGCCCCUGGGCCGCGCGCGCUGCCAUCCCGGCCGCCCGGCCCCACCGCCGCCCAGCUCCCGGGCCGCGUUCCUGCAGAAGCUGCGGGGCCGCGGGGCGCCGGAGGCGGCAAUGGUAGCAGCCCCCGGGCGGAACUUGGAGCGGAUCACCAAGGAGGGAAGGCGGGGGAGGAAGGCGCAGUGGGUGGUGGCCUGGCGGUGAGCCCCAAUCCUGGCGACAAGCCCAUGACCCAGCGAGCCCUGACCGUAUUGAUGGUGGUGAGCGGAGCGGUGCUGGUGUACUUCGUCGUCAGGACGGUGAGAAUGAGAAGAAGAAACCGGAAGACCCGGAGAUACGGAGUUUUGGAUACUAAUAUAGAAAACAUGGAAUUGACACCUUUAGAACAAGAUGAUGAAGAUGAAGAUAACACACUGUUUGAUGCAAAUCAUCCUCGAAGAUAAGAAUGUGCCUUUUGAUGAGAGGAUUUCAUCUUUCUACAAUGAAGAGCAGGAUUUCUAUGUUUAAGGAAUAAGAAGCCACUUUAUCAAUGGGGGGGUAAUUUAAGUUAUAUAUAUAUAUAUAUUAUGGUAAUCUUUAAUUUGUUGUUGCAAUAAGUACUGUACAUUUUCUUAUGUUUUUGUAUGUAUAGAAGUGCUCUUAAUGGGCUCAGUUCUUGGGAGUAAACUGUACUGUAAUAGAAGUAUAUUUGAAACUGCUUUAAAACAGUGUUUUCAAAUCAUUUGUUUCUUGCUUACCAUAUUACUGUCAAUUCUUUUGUGUACUAAUCAGUUAAUAUUAAUUAUUUUGCUGGUGUUGUAUUUUAAAGAACUGUAAAUCCCCAACAGCCAACUGAUGUGUAAAAAUAAUUAAAAAUUUUCUUUACCAAGAUGUUUUGCCAUUUUUAUGGGGAAGAAAAGCCAAGUUUAUUAUUUUGCACUUGAGUUUUAUAAAUAUCAAUAAAUGUCUGAGUUAUUGUAUGCAGAACAAUAAAAUGAUUUUAAAUUA